AACUAUAUGACUCUCUCUAAAAUUCUCCUUCUUCUUCACGCCGCCUACCAAAUAUAAAACACUCUCUCUAUAUCUAUCUCUCUCUCUCGCACUCUCUUUGCAUUUUCCUCUGAAUUUUCCCUGGAAAUUUUUUUCAUUAAUCUCUCUAUCGUUUUAUUUUCCUCUUUAGGAAAAAAAAAAUUGUCUUCUUUUUAUUUUCUGGUUUUUAAAUCUCUUCUUCUUCUUCUUCUUCUUCUUUCUUUUGUUUUUCCCUUUCUCUCUUUGCGUGUGUGAGAUAUUUUUCUACCAUUCAUAAUCAUCACCUUUUUCAGAUUGGUGAUUUUAUAUGUUAAUGGUGCUUCUUCAACCUCACUGGUAUUCUUCUCUCUCUCAGAACAAAUUUAUCUGUCAUUGUCGUCAGUGAGAUUUUUUCUCUAGUGGGUUUCGUCUAAAAAGCAUGAAGAUUUGAUCGGACACAUAAAGAUCGGAUUUUUCAUCACUGAUCGUCGUACAUUGUUACUGGUUGUCAAGAGUAAAAUCAUUGGUCUAUCACAGUUUUGGAGGUGAAAGUUUGCAUUUUUCUCUACUCAGAUGGAUCAGAGAAGAGGAAAUGAGCUUGAUGAAUUUGAGAAGCUUCUUGGAGAGAUUCCAAAAGUUACUUCAGGAAACGACUAUAACCAUUUCCCUAUAUGUAUGAGCUCAAGCAGAUCAUCACAAUCCAUCAAGAAGAUGGAUCAAUUCGAAGGACAUUAUCUUCCUGAUGACCGCGCUUUUACCACUUCAUUUGCUGAGGCUAACUUACACUUUGGAAUCCCAAACCAAGCUCCUGAAUCUCCCCAUCCUUUGUUCAUUAAUCCUACUUACCACUCACCAAGUAGCUCACCAUGUGUAUAUGACAAGUUUGAUUCAAGAAAACUUGAUCCGGUAAUGUUCAGGAAGCUGCAACAAGUUGGAUGCUUUCCAAACUUCUCUUCCGGGAUCUCACCUGCUCAGCCGCAGCAUUACCUGCCACAUUCGCAGUCUCUGUCUCACUAUCAAUCUCCUAUGAAUUGGAGGAAUAUGGAAGAGGAAAAUUUUCAGAGGCUUAAACUGCAAGAAGAACAGUAUUUGUCUAUGAACCCUCAUUUCCUUCAUCUUUAUAAUAAUAAUCAGGGCAUGGAUACUGUUCCAAGACAGGAGCAUUUCGAUUAUCGCCGAGCUGAACAGUCUAACAGAAACUUGUUUUGGAAUGGAGAAGAUGAUAAUGAAAGUGUGAGGAACAUGGAUGGGGUGAGGAAAAUGUGUUAUCCGGAGAAGAUUUUGAUGAGAUCACAGCUCGAUUUGAACACUGCUAAAGUCAUAAAGUAUGGUGCUGGAGAUGAUUCACAAAAUGGAAGAUUUUGGUUGCAGAAUCAACUCAAUGAAGAUCAUCUCACAAUGAGCCUCAACAAUCUGUCAUUGCAGCCUCAAAAGUAUAACUCUCUUGCAGAGGCAAGAGGGAAGAUAUACUACUUGGCAAAGGAUCAGCACGGUUGUCGCUUCUUGCAGAGGAUAUUUGCUGAGAAAGAUGGGAAUGAUAUAGAGAUGAUCUUUGAUGAGAUCAUUGACUAUAUCAGUGAGCUUAUGAUAGAUCCUUUUGGGAAUUAUUUGGUUCAAAAGCUGCUCGAAGUAUGCAACGAGGAUCAGAGAAUGCAGAUUGUUCAUUCCAUAACUAGAAAACCAGGACUGCUAAUCAAAAUCUCUUGUGAUAUGCACGGGACUAGAGCUGUUCAAAAGAUCGUUGAAACGGCUAAGAGGGAAGAGGAGAUUUCAAUCAUCAUUUCUGCUUUGAAGCAUGGCAUUGUGAAUUUGAUAAAGAAUGUAAACGGUAAUCACGUUGUUCAACGAUGCUUGCAGUAUCUAUUACCUCACUGCGGCAAGUUCCUUUUCGAAGCUGCCAUUACUCAUUGUGUUGACCUUGCAACUGAUCGACAUGGAUGUUGUGUACUUCAAAAAUGUCUUGGCUAUUCCGAAGGCGAACAAAAGCAACACUUAGUCUCUGAAAUUGCGUCAAAUGCUCUACUCCUCUCUCAAGACCCUUUUGGGAACUAUGUUCUUCAAUAUGUCUUUGAGCUUCAACUUCAAUGGGCAACCUUUGAAAUCCUCGAGCAAUUAGAAGGAAACUACACCGAGUUAUCGAUGCAGAAAUGUAGCAGCAAUGUAGUUGAAAAGUGUCUGAAACUAGCUGAUGACAAACACCGAGCUCGCAUCAUCCGAGAAUUGAUUAACUAUGGUCGUCUUGAUCAAGUUAUGUUGGAUCCUUAUGGAAAUUAUGUCAUUCAAGCAGCUCUUAGACAAUCUAAGGGGAAUGUUCAUGCUCUUUUGGUUGAUGCCAUUAAACUUCAUAUCUCAUCUCUUCGUACCAAUCCUUACGGUAAAAAAGUCCUCUCCGCACUUAGCUCGAAGAAGUAAAUCGGCAGUUGCAGAUUUGUAGCAAAUGUUGGUGUUUGUUGUUGGUAAAGUUACCUUGUACAUGUAAUGUAAUAAGAGCAUAAUUCGCAGGUUUUUGGUUUUAAAGAUUCAAAGAAUGGCUUUAAUCUAAUCUACAAUUCCUCUGUUUCGACUCCUUUCUUUGUACAAUUUGAAAGAUCAUAUCUAAUAUUAUAUAUAAAAUAUCAUCAAA